AUGCAAAAGACUGGAACCAUUGAGGUACCAGAACAAGCAGCAGAAGUGAAGGAAGAGACCUUACCAUCUUGGUGGCUGGUCAAUCAAGCAGCUGAGGAAAAAGACUCACCUCAGUCAGCAAGAAGUCAUCCACCAGCAGCUGAAAAGCAAAACAGAGGUGAAGGUAAACCACCAUGUUUAGUUAUGGUUCUUAGUGAGCAUGGGAAGUAUACUUUUAGACCUAAUGAACCGGGGAUAUUAGCUGAUAAACCUGCGGGGUCUACUGGUCUUCUACCUUUUAAUCAGAAAUUGCAAGAAGAAAAUAUUAUGGGCAGUUCUAGUGAGGUUAAAGUAGACAGUAAAGGUUUAUUUGGGAGUUCAGGGCUUAUGUUACCUCGACCUAAAUUAGAACUACAGAUGUUUGAUGGUAGUAAUCCCAAAGGAUGGAAGGGUAGUGUAGAAGAAUAUCAAGAAAAGUUUGAAGAGUUAAGACCCUAUUUGCUACAACAGCAUAUGCAUUUAGGGGAAGAUUAUUUUGUCUCCAGUUUCAUUAGUGGUCUGAAGGAGGAAUUGAAACAUAAGGUGAAGGUGUUGGAGCCCAGAAAUCUGUCUGAGGCUUACAGGCAGGCCAAACUUUAUGAGUUGGCUAAUGAGAUGGAAGGAAAGAAGUAUAAAUAUUCUCAAAAACUUUUUCCUUAUACUUCUUCAGGUGGUCAACAGAACAGUGGGACUAAAAGUUUGCAGCCUAAGACAACUCUUCCAAAUUCAAAUACAAGGCAGAGUUUACUGGAAUAUAGAAGAGAAAAUAAUCUGUGUUUUAAAUGUGGGGAAAAAUUUGCUCCUGGACAUCAGUGCAAAGAAUUGACAGAAGGAGAAAAUGGAGAAGGGAAUGAUGUAGCUAAAGAAGCACUGGAAAUUUCUAUCAAUGCUAUUACAGGUAAUGUGGGGCACACUACCUUGAGAAUUCAGGGUUUUAUCAUAGAAAACCCACUUAAUGUGCUAAUUGAUAGUGGAAGCACACAUAGUUUUGUGACUCCUAGGUGGGCCAAAGAAGGAGUGGAACUUGUUCAGACUCAACCAUUAGUUAUUACAGUAGCUAAUGAGGAGAAGCUAUUCAGUAAUGCCAAAAGUAAUCAAGUAAGUUGGAAGAUGCAAGGCUAUGAAUUUCAGCAUGAUUUUAGAGUUUUGUCUUUAGGGGGCAGUGAUAUGGUACUGGGAGUGGACUGGAUAGAAGAGUUUAGUCCUAUAAUGAUGGAUUUCAAAGCCAAGACAAUUAGUUUUGAAAGGGAUGGAAAGACUGUUAUGAUUAGAGGAACUCAGAAAUUACCAACCAUCAAAACCAUCUCAGGUGAAAAAUUACAGAAGUUAGUGGAGAAGGAUACUGAAGAAGUGUUUGAGGAACCUAAAGGGAUGCCUCCUAGCAGAAGACAUGAUCAUGCCAUUGUUCUGAAACAUGGGACACAGCCAAUCAAUUUAAGACCCUAUAGAUUUGCUCAUCAUCACAAGACUGAAGUUGAAAAACAGAUUGCACAAAUGUUAGCCUCAUCUAUCAUACAAAUUGAUUUGAGAUCUGGUUAUUGGCAAAUUCGGAUUAAAGAGGAGGAUGUUCAUAAAACUGCUUUUAGAACUCAUCAAGGGCACUAUGAAUUUAAAGUUAUGCCUUUUGGCCUGACUAAUGCCCCAUCUACUUUUCAAGAUUUGAUAAAUGACUUGUUUGGAGCAUAUUUGAGGAGUAUGAUAGAGCAUAAAAAUCAUUUAAGAGUGGUGUUGGAAAUUCUACUGAAGAAUAGUUUGUAUGCCAAAAAGAGUAAAUGCUUUUUUGGCCAACAACAAGUAGAGUAUUUGGGACAUUUAAUUUCAGCUAAGGGAGUAGCAACUGACCCUGAAAAAAUAAAGGCUAUGCAACAGUGGCCUUUACCUAAAAAUCUAAAAGCUUUGAGAGGAUUUUUGGGUUUGACAGGGUAUUAUAGAAAAUUUAUCAAAGGGUAUGGAGAAUUGAGUAAACCCUUGACUAAUAUGUUGAAGAAGGAAGGAUUUCAUUGGUCUCCAGAGGCUAAAUUAUCUUUUGAGAAUUUAAAAAGGGUUAUGUGUGAAGCUCCAGUUUUGGCUUUACCAAAUUUUGAGCAAAAAUUUUUUUUGGAAACUGAUGCUAGUUCCAGGGGUAUUGGGGCUGUUUUAUCUCAAGCAGGAAGGCCUAUAGCUUAUUUAAGUAAGGCUUUGGGGCCAAAGCAUGCAGACCUUUCUAUCUAUGAAAAGGAAUACUUGGCCAUCCUAAUGGCAGUAUCCCAUUGGAGGCAUUAUUUGGAAAGUGGCUCAUUUGUGAUUAAAACAUAUCAUGAACCCCUAAAACACUUAUUAGAACAAAAGCUGACUACUACAAUCCAAAAGAAAGGUCUGACUAAGUUACUUGGAUUGGAUUAUACAAUUCAGUACAGGAAAGGCAAAACAAAUAAGGUGGCAGAUGCACUUUCUAGACAGCGACUUGAUUCUGGUGAAUUUUUGCAAAUGGGGGUUACUGUUGUAAUUCCUACUUGGAGACAGGAUAUUGAGCAGAGUUAUGAAGGGGAUCUACUAGCUCAAGAGAAGAUUCCUAUUUUACUUAUUCAGCCUGACAAGAUUGAGAAUUGA